CUGACGCCGUCUCUUUUUAGUAUCCUACGCCAGUGGAUAAAUGAUGCAUUGGCGAGAUGCAAAAGGUCACUGUGGCAGUGAGAAUUUGGCCCACUGCUGCCUACGGUGCUUGAUUGUUAAGAAGACCCUCUCUCCCUGUCCUCUCAAUGUACCCUGUGAAAUUCUCAUCUCCUUCUUCUUCACUUACCCCUUAUUCUGUGUCUCAUACAAUCUCUGCAAUCAUAAAAAACACAUGGCACGUUUUAUGGGUGCUGUUAUUAAGCCAGUUCAAAGAAAUUCGACGUGACUAUUACUGCACAAGUUUUGACAAUGGCCAAAGGAAGAGGGAAACAGAAGAUAGACAGACAGGCUGUUGCCAAAGCAAAUGGAUAUAUUCGUGGGGCACAUCGGG